GCGUGCGCGCUCCGGGCGCAGGCGCUGACGCGUCGCCGGCGGGGCCCGGGCGGGGGUGCGGCUCCAGCAAAGGAGCGCGGCUUCCAGGAAGCCGGCUGGCCGUGAUGCUGCCCGCUGGUGGUCCCCCGCCCCCGGGGUCCCCGGCCGGCCAAGCAGGAGGGCUCUAACUCCGUGAGGACCCCAGCAUUAUUUCUGUAAUUGUUUGUGAGAAGGACUGAAUCCCAGAGCAUUGCCUUGUUGCUGACCUUUCAGUAUGGGGAGGAUUGGCAUCUCCUGUCUUUUUCCUGCUUCUUGGCAUUUUAGCAUAUCUCCAGUAGGGUGUCCUCGGAUUCUGAAUACCAAUUUACGCCAAAUUAUGGUCAUUAGUGUCCUGGCUGCUGCUGUUUCACUUUUAUAUUUUUCUGUUGUCAUAAUCCGAAAUAAGUAUGGGCGACUAACCAGAGACAAGAAAUUUCAAAGGUACCUGGCACGAGUUACCGACAUUGAAGCUACAGACACCAAUAACCCCAAUGUGAACUAUGGGAUCGUGGUGGACUGUGGUAGCAGUGGGUCUCGAGUAUUUGUCUACUGCUGGCCAAGGCAUAAUGGCAAUCCACGUGAUCUGUUGGAUAUCAGGCAAAUGAGGGAUAAAAACCGAAAGCCAGUGGUCAUGAAGAUAAAACCGGGCAUUUCAGAAUUUGCUACCUCUCCAGAGAAAGUCAGUGAUUACAUUUCUCCACUUUUGAACUUUGCUGCAGAGCAUGUGCCACGGGCAAAACACAAAGAGACACCUCUCUACAUUCUCUGCACGGCUGGAAUGAGAAUCCUCCCCGAAAGCCAGCAGAAAGCUAUCCUGGAAGACCUUCUGACUGACAUCCCCGUGCACUUUGACUUUCUGUUUUCUGACUCUCAUGCAGAAGUAAUUUCUGGGAAACAAGAAGGUGUGUAUGCUUGGAUUGGCAUUAAUUUUGUCCUUGGACGAUUUGAGCAUAUUGAAGAUGAUGAUGAGGCCGUUGUGGAAGUUAACAUUCCUGGAAGUGAAAGCAGCGAAGCCAUUGUCCGUAAAAGGACAGCGGGCAUUCUCGACAUGGGCGGCGUGUCGACUCAGAUAGCGUACGAAGUCCCCAAAACUGUAAGCUUUGCGUCCUCACAGCAGGAAGAAGUAGCUAAAAACUUGUUAGCUGAAUUUAACUUGGGAUGUGAUGUUCACCAAACUGAGCAUGUGUAUCGAGUCUAUGUGGCCACAUUUCUUGGGUUUGGUGGCAAUGCUGCUCGACAGAGAUACGAAGACAGAAUAUUUGCCAACACCAUUCAAAAGAACAGGCUCCUCGGUAAACAGACUGGUCUGACUCCUGAUAUGCCGUACUUGGACCCCUGCCUACCCCUAGACAUUAAAGAUGAAAUCCAGCAAAAUGGACAAACCAUAUACCUACGAGGGACUGGAGACUUUGACCUGUGUCGAGAGACUAUCCAGCCUUUCAUGAAUAAAACAAACGAGACCCAGACUUCCCUCAAUGGGGUCUACCAGCCCCCAAUUCACUUCCAGAACAGUGAAUUCUAUGGCUUUUCCGAAUUCUACUACUGCACCGAGGAUGUGUUACGAAUGGGGGGAGACUACAAUGCUGCUAAAUUUACUAAAGCUGCAAAGGAUUAUUGUGCAACAAAGUGGUCCAUUUUGCGGGAACGCUUUGACCGGGGACUGUACGCCUCUCAUGCUGACCUCCACAGGCUUAAGUAUCAGUGCUUCAAAUCAGCCUGGAUGUUUGAGGUGUUUCAUAGGGGCUUUUCGUUUCCUGUCAACUAUAAAAGCUUAAAGACUGCCUUGCAAGUUUAUGACAAGGAGGUUCAGUGGACCCUUGGAGCCAUCCUCUACAGGACCCGCUUUCUACCAUUAAGAGACAUCCAGCAGGAGGCCUUCCGAGCCAGUCACACCCACUGGCGGGGCGUUUCCUUUGUCUACAACCACUACCUGUUCUCUGGCUGCUUCCUGGUGGUGCUGCUGGCCAUCCUGCUGUACCUGCUGCGGCUGCGGCGCAUCCACAGGCGCACUCCCCGGAGCAGCUCGGCCGCCGCCCUCUGGAUGGAGGAGGGCCUUCCCGCCCAGAACGCCCCGGGGACCUUGUGAUCCGGCUCACAGCUCCACGAAGACAAAAAAGGAAAAGCCAUUUUUGCCUCAGGGUUUCUCCUCUUUAUUUUCCUGUGGUCUUGUUUUUUCUUUCCCUUUUUUGUUCCUCCAAACAAAAACAAAAUGCAUUGUUUGUAAGCCCUGCUGUCUAGAAGUAUUGCGUUUAGCCAUUUUGAGUACAGCUUUAAAUUGAGGAGUGGGGAAGAGGGAAAUUCACUUGAUUUUUGCUGCACAGGAUAUCUGCCAAAAAUAAAUGAGAUUUCUGGGGUUUCUUUAAGGAAUGUUAAAUUUAAACAAAUGCACUUUGAUAUUGGAGGGAGGUGGAAAGAUGCAUUCUGUCAGUGGAGAGGGGACUGAAUAGUGAUGCUUUUAUAGAACCAAAAAACUUACUGCCUGAAAUGAUAAUCCUCUUUUUUCUCUAUCUUGAAAGCUCUAACCUGAAGAGGGUGAUGCUUAUUUUUUAUUUAUUGUUCAGGUCUGUUACUUUAUAUGUUUUCUUUGCAAAUUUAAAUUUUUUAAACCAUUUAUAUCCAAAACAGAGAAAUAUGGGCACCAGGUGAUAACCAUUUAUAAAAGUGAUAGUGAACUAUCAACUAGAGCUUUGUGUGAGUGUGUGAAAAAUCCCAGGAAACCAGCAUGAGGGGAGGCAAUGCUGGUUCUUUAAAAACACACACUUCAGAAUUUACUGGUACAUUUUAUCUAGAAAAAUCCUUGUUGCUGUUAUCUUUUCCUGACCACAGGUAAUUACUCUCCUUAUUCCAUAUUUCAGUGGCAUUAGAACACUGUGGUUUUGAAAGAAUUGGAAAUUCCUAGUUUCACCAGUUUUGGUUUUAUUGGAACUAGAGCACAUGCCCACUUCUUGCUCUUCAGUAUUCCUCAGUGUUUCUGCUUAAUUGUGCCUCAGUUUCUUCCAGCUUCCAAUUGGUGUUUCCCCCACCCCACUUAAUUAAAAAUCGUCUCAGCUUUUAAUCAUACUGGGAGACCCCAUGCACAGCCUGCCGAGUGCUCUUCCUAACUGCAUUGGCUGAGGCUGUUGCUGGCAGUGCCACUGUAAAUCCAGAAGGGAAGAGUCUGCAUCCAAUACAGGAAAUAAAUUCACAUUUUGAAGGAAAAAAUUCGACAAUUUAAGCCAAAAUCUAAAAAGGACAAUUGGAUUGGCAUAUGAGAUUGAUGUUUUUUCACCUAUUUAUUUAGUUGAGAAGUUUGGGGGAUUCUCGUACAGUUCUUUUAGGCAGUUUGUUUCGUGCGAGUGUCUGUAUGUGCUGUUCCCUAACUCCAGAACAGUUAAAUUCAUGUAGUUGGUAGCAGAUUAGUACCCAGAAGUGGGGUUGUUGCUAUAACAGAUAACUGAGGAUAUGAAAGUGGCUUUGGAACUAGGUACUGGGCAGAGGCUGGAAGAGUUUGAAGAAACAGGAGAGAAAAGGCCUGUAUUGCUGUGAACUGAGCAUUAGGGGCAGUUCUGCUGAGGGAUCAGAAGAAAAGACCAAGGGAAUUCUGUCCCAACUGUGCCUCAGACUGCCUCAGGUGCAGCUUAACCUGCCUCCCUGGAAGGUAAAAUGCAUCUAAUCCUUGAGGCAAGAGCUGUGGGGGCAUGGCUCCCUCCACCUAGAUUUCAAAGCGUGUUACUAGCAGCCUAGGGACCCAGGCUCUGCCUUUCUGGAUUUACCUGCAUCGUAUUUGCGCUUCAUGGUCAAAGUUGUUAAGAAAGGGGGUGAGCUUCUGGCUACCUAAUAAGCUGGUCUUGGCCACCCGCCUGUGACACUUCCUGGAGGAGCCAUGGAUUAUUGGUGGAGGCUGCAGGAAGCUGGCGAUGGAGCCACUGGGGUCUGUGGCAGAGAUAGAAGAAAGGAAAGGAAGGGGCCACAAAUGGGUGAAGUGGGCAGGUGGGCACCCAGGGAGUUAGGGGACCCCCGCCUUCCAGCUAUGCGCAUAAAAGAAUUUGUCACAUACUUGAGGGUCCUGAAACAAGGGCUGAGAAAAUCUUGCUGCUCCAGCUGAGAGGCAGUAGUGGAUUUGCCAUUUUUAAACAGUUACCUAAGAAAAAACGUUGAAGAAUAUGCAACAGACACUAUAUGUGGCCUGUAAAGCCUAGAAUAUUUACUAAAAUAUUUACAGAAAAAGUUUGCUGGUUCUUGUGAGAACAAUGCAGUUCAAAAAAGGAUACACAUAGAAGCAUCCUCUUAAAUCAGGAAUGUGGUUUCCAUUUGUGGGCAUGAAAAGAUGGACAAGAGAAGUAACCAAACUUCAAUCUUAAAAUAUUUGUUUAUGCACCAGAAUUUCACUUCGAAUUUUUCCGUCUAGAUUAUUUUCAAGAUGAGUUUUCAAACAAACCGAGAAACCUGCCCCUCACCCAAAAUUGUUUAAAAAGAGACCACUCAAGGGAGUUCAUUAUGCUGUGUGGAGAUGUCUGCAGUCGCAGCAAAUCACAUUCCAGAGGUCUCGCGUAGGUGAAGACAGCCAGGUGCUUUCUCUAAGAGAUACAGGGUGGGUGAGAGACAAGCCAGGGAGGAUCUUAAUUCAAGAGAACAAUUCAUAUCAAGAGCUGACCAAGAAGGCAAUAAACUCUGUGUACUUGUAGCAGAAGAAAUUGGACUAGGAACUUGCCCAAAGCUUUAUCAAAGAAGAGCAUUGUGUUCAAUCUUGGUAGAAACAUGCCAGCAAUAAGUGCUUAUGUUCCAUAGCCGUAUCAUGGGCUUCUCGCUUUUAAACCUCCUCCAGGGGAUGUUCUCAGAGAUUUCACAAUCCCUCUGGGGACAUUAUAGUAGAAGAGAAACACAUGGAAUUGUACCAGUGCUUUUUGCCCGUGUUCAUCCUAAGCUCCGGCUUUAGGCAGUGCUUUCUGAGCUGGGCGGAGUGAAGGCGCUGCUGGUGGCUGAGGCCAGUAACGUGGGGCCCCUGCCUAGCCGCCCUGAAGGCGGGGUAGGUCCCUCUUUUCACCACCAGUUUUCCACACCUGUGUACUCUAGAUUAACAAACUCUGGAUAAACAGAUACUUACAUUUUAAACUCAGGCCUACACAGAGUAGUUUUCCUUAUAAGGAGCAUGUAUCACUUAGCAAGAAACUAAAAAUGGCAAAUGAGUUUUUCAUCCUUUAAGAAAAAAAUCAGCUUUAGAAUUCUGUGUGGUCGGUUGUGUGCAAUGCAGCAAAACUACCUUUCAGUAAAUUACUUAAUUUAUUUCAGUGUUUUGUUUCUUUUGAUACUGUUUCCCUUUCAAUAAUGAAUGAUGUGACCAACCACAGAGAAUUUUUUUGUUCUAUACUAAAAUUCCAUUUUACGGUUAGGAAUUAUAAAAAGCAAAGAAGCAUCUUUAAAUGUUUUUUUGUUUAAGUGAUGUCUUCCAUUCAAAGUAAGAAUAAUUCUCUCGGAAGGUCCUUGUGGUGUCAUGUCACUUGCUGUAUGUGGCAGCCUUACAUUGCCACACUUGGGUACUGAAAUAUCAAUAAAACGAAAGUUCAUCAUCCCAUG